AACCCUAGGGGGCGAUAGUGAUCCUAUAGACCAGACCUCGUCCUGGUCCAGAGAAGAAGUCCCCCAUCUUGCAGUGGUCGGCCGUUUCGUGAUCUAAAAUACAUAAUCCUUGCAAUGGACGGAGAUGUUGCAGUCGGCGUGAAGAGAGGCUCAGAUGAGCUCAACAUGUACAGCAGCAGCAGCAGCCCCACCUCGAUGACAGCCAACGGCAGCGACAGUAAGAAGCAACGUCUGGAGGAGUCGCCGCCCUCCCGCGUGCUCCACAUCAGGAAGCUGCCCAGCGAGGUGUCGGAGACCGAGGUCAUCGCGCUGGGCCUGCCCUUCGGCAAGGUCACCAACAUCCUCAUGCUCAAGGGGAAGAACCAGGCCUUCCUGGAGCUGGGCACGGAGGAGGCGGCCAUCACCAUGGUCAACUACUACGCCGCCGUCACGCCCCAGGUCAGAAACACCCCGGUCUUCAUCCAGUACUCGAACCACAAGGAACUGAAGACGGACUCUGCGCUGAACCAGCGGGCCCAGGCGGUGCUGCAGGCGGUGUCGGCGGUGCAGGACGGCAGCUCCCCCUCCUCUGACCCCGGGGUGCUGGACCUGGCCCCGCCCCCCAGUCCCGUGCUGCGCAUCAUCAUCGACAACAUGUUCUACCCCGUCACCCUGGACGUGCUGCAGCAGAUCUUCAGUAAGUUUGGGACGGUGAUGAAGAUCAUCACCUUCACCAAGAACAACCAGUUCCAAGCUCUGCUGCAGUUCAGCGACCCCGUCAACGCCCAGCAGGCCAAGCUAUCUCUGGACGGUCAGAACAUCUACAACUCCUGCUGCACCCUGAGGAUCGACUUCAGCAAGCUGGUCAGCCUCAACGUCAAGUACAACAACGACAAGAGCCGUGACUACACCCGGCCUGACCUGCCCUCUGGGGACGGGGACGGCGGCCACAAGGACCACUCCUCCCUCCUGGGGACGCCGUCCGGAGCGCUCGCGUCCUACUCCAGUGGAGGAGGCUACUCGUCUUCUCUCUCCAUGUCGCAGGGCGGAGGAGCCAUUAGCCCCCUCAGCGCCGCCGCCGCCGCCGCCGCAGCAGCUGGGCGUGUUGCCCUGUCCGGGUCAGGGGUGUCCGGAGUCCUGCUGGCUUCCAACCUCAACGACGAGAUGGUCACGCCCCAAAGUCUCUUUACCCUCUUCGGUGUCUAUGGUGACGUGCAGCGCGUGAAGAUCCUGUUCAACAAGAAGGACAGCGCUCUGAUCCAGCUGUCCGACGGGAACCAGGCCCAGCUGGCUAUGAGCCACCUGAAUGGUCAGAAGGUGUUCUCCAAGGUGAUGCGCGUCACGCUGUCCAAGCACCAGACGGUGGCGCUGCCGCGGGAGGGCCUGGACGACCAGCUGCUCACCAAAGAUUUCUCCGGAUCUCCUCUCCACCGCUUCAAGAAGCCAGGAUCCAAGAACUUCCAGAACAUCUUCCCUCCCUCCUCCACCCUGCACCUCUCCAACAUACCGGAGGGCGUGUCCGAGGAGGAUCUCCGUCUCCUGUUCUCCAAUGCUGGAGGAACUGUAAAGGCCUUCAAGUUCUUCCAGGACCACAAGAUGGCGCUGCUCCAGAUGUCUGCGGUGGAAGAGGCCAUCCAGGGGCUCAUGGACCUCCACAACUACGACAUGGGGGCCAACCACCACCUCAAGGUGUCCUUCUCCAAGUCCACCAUCUGACCUGGACCCUAGACCACCAGAGAAGACCCUGAACCACCAGAGAAGACCCCAGAGCAGACCCUAGACCCCAGAGCAGACCCCAGAGCAGACCCCAGAGCAGACCCUAGAGCAGACCCCAGAGCAGACCCUAGACCCCAGAGCAGACCCCAGAGCAGACCCUAGAGCAGACCCCAGAGCAGACCCUAGACCCCAGAGCAGACCCCAGAGCAGACCCUAGAGCAGACCCCAGAGCAGACCCUAAUCCCCAGAGCAGACCCUAGAGCAGACCCUAGACCCCAGAGCAGACCCCAGAGCAGACCCCAGAGUAGACCCCCAGAACAGACCCUAGAGCAGACCCCAGAGCAGACCCCCAGAACAGACCCUAGACCCCAGAGCAGACCCCAGAGCAGACCCCAGAGCAGACCCCAGAGCAGACCCCAGAACAGACCCCAGAGCAGAGCCUAGACCAGACCCUGGACCCCAGAGCAGAGCCUAGACCCCAGAGCAGACCCCAGAGCAGACUCUGGUCUUUCAUUCUGUCUCAUGUCCUUCAACCUGUCUCAUGUCCUUGUACCUGUCUCAUGUCCUGUUGUUUCUAUUGUACCGACAUCACUGAGUAAAACACUUAAAAACACUUCUCCUCUUACAACUACUACUAGUUUAAAACAUUCUUAUUAGUUGUAACUAGAAACAAGCCUACAGGCUCCCAGCUGGGACGCUAUUGGUUGAAUGGUAACAUGUUGUCCUGGUCUGGUCGUGUGAUUGGCUGGGAGCUGUGUGCCCCAAAGUACAUGUGCCUUUUGAGUUUGACCUUUUGUUGGAUCUUUGUCCCUCUGGAAGGAGACUGUUACUGACCUUUAUUUAAAUAAAGUUAGAUUAGAAUUGUAUGUUGCUGUAUAUUUGUCCUCCUCUUUCUCUUUGUUUUGUUACUCCUGCCUCAGCACCACAACUUUCAGAUUAAAAAUGUCUUUUUUUAUCAACCAGUCCGAGUGUGUGAUCUGCUCUUCAAUAAACGACCCCUGCUCUGUC